AUGGACUUUUCAUGGUUCGAUUCUGGACUUUUGGAUCUUACUAUGGGCACACCCGGUGACAUGGCCAGUUCUGAGGCUACAGUAGCUGCCCAUAAUAAAACCGGCGAGAAUGAAGGUACCACGCUAACUAACAAUGGCUCCCAUGGUCCUUCAUUUAGGAGCCGGUCAGAAGCUUACCAGCUAUGUGCCUGGACAUCAUGGCAACCUUCUAGGUUUCAGCAUUCCUUCCAUGGCCAGGACGUCAUCAACCUAGGCCCAGGCAGCAGGAGAGAGAGAACUACUCUGUUGAUGAAAUCCUCGACAGGACGAAUAAUCGGUAGCACUCUGGACGAUGCAUGCAGGGAUCGCCUGUUGGUAUUGGUGACUGCGAUGAAGAUAUCUCACUUCUCCAUACACUCGUUUCCACCCGCCGAGUUACUAAACAACCUUGUGCGAUUCUUCUUCAUCCAGGAGAGCGCAUCUCUAGCACCGAGCAUCCACGAAGGCACAUUCUCGUGUUAUCACGCGCGGCCGGAAUUACUCCUUGGAAUCAUCGCCGCUAGUGCAGUUAUCGUUCCUGAGCGUCGGAUCCAGGUGACAGGACUCGUCAUGCACGAGAUCCUUCGCAGAGCGAUGGGACAGCUAUACGAGAGUGAUAAUAGCACCACGAGAGAUCUGCAGGCUCUCCAGGCAUACUUGAGGGCCCUGGAAGUCGGAGCCUGGAGCGGGCUUAGGCGGAAAACUGAGAUUGCGUGCAGCUUUAUGCAGCCGGGAUAUACUAUGCUGUUCCAGGCUGGGGCCUUCUCCUCGCCACCUCAGCACGACUUGGCUGGACAUCUUGAACAUGGGGCUGAGCAGCUUGAUGCUGUCUGGAAAUCCUGGGCGAUGAAGGAGUCACUGAAGCGUCUGGCAGUCCGCGCUUUCAUCCAUGACUCUCAGGUAUCAAUGGCUUAUUUCCAGGCACCGGCGAUUAGCUAUGCCGAGUUAAACAUGGCAGUUCCGUACCCGCCCAACGUAUGGUUUUCAGAGAGUUCCAAAGAAUGGAGACGAGAGUUCUUGUUUUGUAAUAGUGGAUCGCGGCGGCUGCUACUGACCGAGGUUCUGGCCGAUGUCACAGUCCUCGAAACAUGCCUUGGACAGACUGAUCUACACCUCUGUUGCUUUGCCACUAUCCACGCUAUUGCCAAUCAGGUAUGGGACCUUCAACAACAAUUCGCACUCCUCUUCUCGACACCCGAGGCCAAAAGACGCCGAAUAGAUUCAUGGUGUAUGAGCCGACAACGCGACCUGUACCAAGAUCUGAUCGCUAUCCGUAUGUACUGUGAGAGGCAUGUCGCACAUCAUGAGAUUCGACUGUUGUUAGAAUACGUCAUGAUGGUCCUUCAUGCUCCUAUGGCCCAUAUACAACGCUUUGCUGGUAGAGAAGGAGAAAGCGAGGCGAGGAGAGUAGAGCCCGUUGUAGGUGAGUGGAGGCAAUCAUCGGCUGCUCGAGUUGCAGUAUGGCACGCGGGCCAAGUCCUCAGAAGGGCUCGCGAGUUUCCGCCUACGACACUGCAGAACUUUUACGCCGUGGCGACGUAUCAUGCUGCUCUUGCGCUUUGGACUUACAGCAUACUUGGUAACAGAAGUCCAACGCGGGCUGAGACUGUGAUCUUUGAUCACAAUGGCCCAACCGAUUGCUGUUCCAUAAUUCCGGUCAUCCUAAACAGAGAGGAAAAUGACGAUAUCCGCGCAUUCUGCACCCUGGGGUAUGGAACGCCGGGCCUCAGCCAUAGUGAGCAGCUAGGAGUAGCAGAGACUUUCUGUACACUCGCAGAUACUGCAUUAAUCAUGCGGUUAUCGGCCGAUACUCUACGUGGUAGCCUACUCUCUACAGACCACGCCCCGCCGCUGUUAGUGGGCAACCUGAUUAGCCUGAUGGAGGACCUGGGCUCGUCGCCUAGUUAA